AUGAGCCCUGAAAGAGAAGUUGAGGAUCCUCAACACGAUGAACCAUCAAACAUUAAUGAUGGUAUACAAGAGUUGUUGAGUGAUGCUUUGAGAGAAGGGCCAAAUGAAGAGGCGAAGAAGUUUUUUCGCCUAAAAGAGGAAGGCGAACAAGAGUUGUAUCCGGGUUGCAAAAAAAUGUCUAGACUUGCCUUCACAAUUCGCCUCUACAUUUACAAGUGUGACCAUAAGUUGUCCGAUGUUGCAACUGCUGGUUUACUAAAUUUCUUCAAGGAAGUUCUCCCCGAUGAUGCAAUAUUGCCCACAUCUAUGCACGAAGCGAAGAAAGUUUUAAAGUUGUUGGGGUUGGACUACAAAAGGAUAGACGCUUGCCCUAAUGAUUGCAUGUUAUAUUGGGCGGAGCAUGCAAACGCAACCAGUUGCCAUGUCUGUGGAACUUCAAGGUGGAAAUCGAAGGAUAAUGAUGAAGAUGACAAUCCUAAUGAAAAAACUCGUAGAAUUCCAUCUAAAGUUCUAAGGUACUUCCCAAUCAAGAAGAGGUUGCAAAGGUUGUACAUGUGUGCCGAAACAGCAAACCACCCGUGGCGGUAUAAUAAGAGGAACUUCAAUGGGCAUAUUGAGACAAGAAAUGAACCGGUUUGUUUGACCGGAAGUGAGGUUGAGGAGCUAACACGUGAUUUUCCAAAUGAAUUUGGAAAAAGGAAGCCAAAAGUGAGACAAGAUACUGAUGGUCCCAAUCCAUGGAGGAAGAUUCCCAUUUUUUUCAAGUUACCUUACUGGAAAAAUUGCGAUCUUCGCCAUAGUUUAGAUGUCAUGCAUAUUGAAAAGAAUAUGUUUGAUAAUGUCAUUGGGACAUUGUUAGACAUUCCUGGAAAAUCAAAAGACCAUAAAUCUGCUCAUCGGGAUUUGAAAUACCUGCGAGAGGAGAAAGACCUUCGAUGGGUGCCGGAGCUUGAGGUUCAAGAAUUAGAAGAUGGAAGUGAAGAGUUUCCGACAUCUAUGUUUUGGAUGAAUGAUGAUGAAAAGAAAUUGUUUUGCCAAACCAUAAAAAAUGCAAAGCUACCACAAGGUUAUGCCUCUAAUAUUUCUCGAUGUGUUCAAGUUGAUGAAAAGAAAAUCAUCGGAUAUAAGAGCCAUGAUGCACAUUUUAUGAUGCAUUAUUUGCUUCCUAUUGCCGCAAAGACAACCCUAAGGGCACAUGUUGCAACUCCAAUAAUUGGGAUGUCAAAAUUUUUCAAAGGCAUAUGGAAAAAAUCUAUUGAUCCCAAAGAUCUCGACAAUCUCUAA